GUCAUUCCUGCAUAUUUUCUUUGCGUCUGAGAGUAAUUUGUGAUGGAACUCGGCUUUAGGUACCAACUUGGACUUGUUUGUGUCAUAUUGCUCUUCCCUGCACUGUGUAACUGCAAGGAAUAUUUCACCAACUCAAGAGCAACCUAUUAUGGCAGCCCCGACGGUUACGGUACUCCAACUGGAGCUUGUGGCUUCGGGGAGUAUGGAAGGAAGAUGAAUUGGUAUGAUGGAAGAGUCGCAGGGAUCUCUGGGCUAUGGAGGAACGGAGCUGGUUGUGGCACGUGUUAUCAGGUAAAGUGCAAAAUACCAGAACUGUGCGAUGCGAAUGGAGCAUUCCUUGUGGCAACAGACAAGGGUUAUGGAGACAGAACGGACUUCGUCAUGAGCCCACAGGCGUUCUCAAGAUUGGGACGCAAUCAAAAUGCAUCUGCAGAGCUUAAGAAACACGGUACAGUGGAGAUUGAAUACAGAAGGGUUCCAUGUACGUUCAUGGGCAACGUCUUGUUUCACAUCAAGGAAAGUAGCAGCAACCCUGGUUACUUGGCUGUUGUGAUUCUGAAUAUAAAUGGAAAAUACGACGUCACUGCUGUUGAAAUGUGGCAGAAAGGGCAACAACGAUGGGAACCACUGCGCAGGGUGUAUGGGGCAGUGUUUGACUUUGCUAAUCCAGCGAGAGGUGCAAUCCUGCUGAGGUUUCAAGUGGGCGUUAAUUGGAUGAUACCAAAAGUUCCUAUUCCUGCUAAUUGGAAGCCUGGAGCAACUUACGACACCAAAGUUCAGUUUUACUAGACUCAAAAAUUCAUUUUGGAUCCCAACAACAGAUUACAAAAUAAUUAAUGGGGAUUCUUGUACUUUCCCUCUAAGAAUACUUUGAAUAAGAAUAAAAUAAAAUAAAAGUUAUUUUAGAUUG